AAGACCCUCAAGGCAAGCAUGAGCAGGAGCCUCAGGUGUGGGAACAGAGGGCUGUUGCAUCAGGCAGGCGAAUCUCUCUCUUCUCCACACCCCAGAUUCUCUCCCUCGGUCUGUUGGUUUGCUGGUUCCUCCCUGUCUUGGGCAGGUGUGUCUGACUCGGGGUACAGAUCGUGCCCUCCCAGAGUGCUGAGCCAUUCCUGCCAUGGGUCUGUCCAGCGCCUUCCUUGGCAUCCUGUUCCUCUCGGGAACACUGGGUCUCACCACUUCCCCAACCAGAGGACGGCUCCACUGCUACACCUGCAGCUUUGCCAAGCCCUGCUACCCUGUUCCCACGGAGUGUGGGGAGGACGAGGUGUGUGGUGUCAGUGUUGGCACCUCAGAGCAAAAUGAGGUCAUCGAGCGGAAAGGCUGCCUCCCAAGAGCCCAGUGCCCUCUGCUGGGCCAUACGACCUACUGGUCACGGUCCUACGCUCUCCGGCACCAGUGCUGUGAGCAGAAUCUAUGCAAUGCCGCUGCCUCACAGCGACCCCUCAGCCUUCCCCUCACGACUCUGCUACCCCUUGCGACUAUCUUUGGCGGGGGAGUACGUAUCUUCCUCUAGCCCGUGGAUCCACGGCUGUCAACCCAGGACUCCGAUGUCACCAUGGACGUGAAAAUUCCUGCACAGAUGUUUUGAGACACACUCAAGAGUAUGACUUUGUAUGAAAACCUCAGCCACCUAACCCAGAACCUCUAUAGACCCGGUUUCUACAGCCAGAGUCCUGCCUCCCGCAUGCAAGU